GGUUCACUAUGCAAUAAACCCUUUCUGCGUUUUAAACCCAUAGCUCAGCGUUUCAGUCCAUAUCACUCGCUCCCUCUAACCCUCUCACUCACCGCCGCAUCAGCCGCCACCACCGCGUCGUUCUUCUUCUCCACCACCUUGCCGCCAUCUCCAAACCGCAGGCAAUGUCAUCAUCGAGCGAUGAGGAUGAUUCAAAGAGAUACAAACCUAAUAAGGAAUUUAUAGAAUACGCAACGGAACCACUCGUUGGUCUUAAUUUGACCGAUUCCACUGAGCUUUGGCUUAUUAAAGUUCCCAAUUCACAUGACAAGAAUUUGUUAGACGACAUUAACGGGAAGGAAUUGUCUUUCAAACUUAACAAGGAGGGCACCUUGGCCAGCUUUGAGGGCGUGUCUGGGGAAACAUAUGAUUUUCUCAGCUUUGCUUCCACGGAGCCAGACGAAACAGUUUUUGUUUCCUCUGCUACUGAAUCAGAAAUUGCUGGAAAGAUUUCACGCCGGGUUUCUGUUGUCCAUUACCCUGAUCCUAGAGCACUCGAAAAAAUUAGUUCAACUGAUCCAAACCAAACAUUGCAAAAUUCUAUAGCCGCGGCUUCCCAAAGUGCUCAAAGACGUUCACAUGCAUCAGCAACAAAAAGUAGCAGAGCGAAGAGCUCAAUAUCUGGACUUUCUGAACGAACAACCACUCCAAAAAGACAUGGUGUGAACAGAAGACCUCAACCUGAAUCCUCCCGUGGUCACAGCUCUGGCGUUUCUGCAGUAUCUUCUGAUCAUUCUGAUGGUGGAAAAUCAAAGAGAAGAAAACACACGGAGUAAUGUUUCCUCUUGAUGUAUACUUUCUCCCUGGCCUUUUUUAAUUUAUGGAAUUAAUAGGAUUUGAGCUAUGUUAUUUUCUUUAUUUCUCUACUUUUUCAUUUUUCAAUUGUUUGUAUUGCAAAACUGGUGUAACUCAGGGUCAUAGAUUUGGACUUUCCUAUAUUCACCGUUGUUCACUUGUUCCAUUUUA